CAACCACCAUUCACGAAUACCCUGUGUGCCGUGUUCAUCGGACCCGUCUCUCAGACUCUCUGCUUCCCUCCGCUCUGCUCAGCUCGUCCCCACCUAGAGCCCAGAUCCGACCCAAACUGAUGGCCUCCUACGACGACGAGGGCGACUCCGGCCGCCGCCGCCCGCCGCAGCAGCAGCACCGCCCGUCCGGCGGGGGCAGCGGCGACCUGGCGGCCAGCGCCAAGCUGGUGGCGGAGGCGGCCAAGGCGGCCCUCCAGGACCACAACCUGGGGAAGGUCGACAAGGGCCGCACCGCCGAAGCCGCCGCUGACCUCCUCCACGCGGCCUCCCUGUACGGCAAGCUCGAGGGCAAGCCCAUGGGCGGCUAUAUCGACAAGGCCGAGGAGUACCUCCACAAGUUCGGAGCCAAGGAGGGGGGCAGCAGCGGAGGUGGUAAGCAUCAGCAGGGUGGUCAUGGGGGUUCAGGUGGUGGGAGCAAGUACCAGGAGGAUGAGUACAGGAAGAAGCCCAGUGGUGGUGGGAGGUAUGAAGAGGAUGAUGAGUACAGGAAGAAGCCUAGUGGUGGCGGGAGGUAUGAAGAGGAUGAUGAGUACAGGAAGAAGCCCAGUGGUGGUGGGAGGUAUGAAGAGGAUGAUGAGUACAAGAAGAAGCCCAGUGGUGGUGGUAGCGGCUAUGGAGGGGGGAGGUAUGAGGGAGAAGACGAGUACAAGAAGAAGCCUAGCUCUGGUUCUGGAGGCUAUGGUGGUGGACGGUAUGAGCAGGAAGAUGAUUAUAAGAAGCCUCCUAGUGGUGGUGGUGGCUAUGGUGGAGGAAGGUAUGAAGAGGAUGAUGGGUAUAAGAAGAAGCCUAGUGCUGGUGGAUAUGGAGAUGGAGGAAGAUAUGAAGAUGAGUUCAAGAAGAAGCCAACUGGUGGUCAUGGUGGAGGGAGGUAUGAGGAAGAUGACGAGUACAAGAAGCCUAGUGGUGGAAGAUAUGAAGAAGAUGACUACAAGAAGAAGCCUGCGCAUUCAGGGGGAAGGUACGAGGAAGAUGAGGGGUACAAGAAGCCUAGUGGCCAUGGAGGAGGGAGGUAUAGUAAGGAGGAGAAUGAAGAGGAUAACAAGAAAAAACAUGGUGGCCGCCAUGACAGCGGGAAGGAUGAGUCUGAGGGUGGUGGCAUUGGAGACUACGUAAAACUUGCGCAAGGUUUCAUGAAGAAGCAGGAUGGCGAGGGAGGAAGUGGGGGUGGUAUGGGGGACUACUUAAAGCUUGCAGAGGGAUUCCUGAAGAAGCGUUGAUUUAUAACUGAACUUUGAUAUGCUGUCAUUGCUGAAGAACUAUGAGUCUGGUUAGACACCCGUCUUGUUUAAUGUUUGUAUUUUGUGAAUUCCCUAUGAUGUUCGUCCUAAAAUGCGACAAAAGUGUAUCUCUUGUGUUGUAUGCAGUGUAACAUGAGUGUCGAAGAUGCUACUUAUUUAUUUCGGAAGAAUAAAAUAUUAGAUGGAUAUACUCAUGUUGGUCAUGUCGUGUAAGGCUUGAAAUAAGUAUUGUGGUGUUAUGAUAAGUGAAGUGUUUAAUAUAUCUUGAUGCUUUGAAUGUA